AUGGACCCCAGAACGCAGUGGCAAGCGGACUUCGACCGGUCAAUGGAAUUUGAGGAGCGCGAAUGGGAAUUGAAGCAGGAAGAAUGGGAGCUGAAGAAAUGGAGGUUGGACAUGGACCGACGGAAGGAUGACGCAGAGAGACGGUUCAAAAAUUGCGUUGAUCUCACCGAUGUCGCUGAGGGAGAGGAGCAGCAGAGGGACGAGGGUGAGACAGAGAGCCUGGCGACCGUCAAGCCAGCCACCAUUCCGCCUCUUCCAACGCCUCAAACCUCGGCCUCAUUAACCACGGAAAGAGCGGCUGGCAAGGAAGCCACAAUGCCCAAUUCUCAGCAACAUCGUUUCGCCUUUAAAGCCUAUGUGCCCCAAAAGACUCGACAAGCUCCUAAAAGAAAGGUCCUGGUCCCGGAAGUCGAGCGUCGCUCUCCAGAUACAUCGCCUACCCGUCAGGAUACGCGCGUGGGUAUGCCCAAUACAACAGCAUCAGCACCAGGUUCAGUGGAGCAACAGAAGACCUUGGGCUUCGAAGAUCUCUUGCCCACGAGUGGAGAACAACGAGAUACCAGCGACGAUCCCCAAUGGACUCGUGCAUCGAAACGACGUUCUGUUGCGAGGAGGAGGCCAGAACAUUAGCGGGAUGAGGCCAUACAUAUUAGCGGAUGAGGCUUCCUUGGCCAGGGAAUGUCAACAUCUUGGCGGUAAAAGAUGAGUAAAAAGUACUCGGAGCUCACGUGCGACUCUCCCCAACCGUGCCGCUUUAUCACCCCUCACCCUCGGACUCUCCGCUGGG